AAAAAAAAAAAAAGAAAAUGACGCGGACGUUAAAACCUCUCCGACAAACGACUGUUUACCUCGCGUGAGAAGCCGCGACGCGACACCGCAGCCCGGCUCCGUGUCGGUCCACAGCUCCGGGGGGGGACAUACCGGCGAGGCCGCGGGAGGGGGGGACACCGAUUAAAUAGAAAAUAAGACUCCUCGGACAUCCGGAUUAUCCGCUCGCUGGAAGGAGAGGAGAAAAAAAAGGGAAAACAAACCGACGCGUCGCGCGGACAUUUUCUCCGUCCGCGAGAGGAUGAGCCGUUAGGAGGGGAACCGGGGGAAGUACGGAGAAGGACACGGAGGCUACCGGGGAGGAGGGGGCACGUGACGGAUUUAUUUAUUUAUAUAUAUAUAAACCCCGUUGAAGUGAACCGAGCUCCGGACAGUUGGUUCGUUCACCGGAUAUAAACGCGGAGGAGGAAACGGGGUCGCUCGGGCCGAUGCCAACGGCGGACUGCAGGCUGCUCCAUCAUGGCCGGAUCAUGAGGUGUCUCACUUAUCUGCUCCUCCUGCCAGAAACGCUGAAGAAGUCCAAGAGGGUCGGCAAGCUGCCGGUGUGUUAUGAGAUCCUGUCUCUGUCCCUGACGAGCAAGAAGAAGAAGGAGGAGAAGGAGGAGGAGGAGGAGAAGAUGGCUGCGGAGCUGUGCCCCAACCUGGCCAACGGCACCACGGUGGCGGACACCGAGAAGAUCGAGGAGGCUGCGCCGGUGAGCCAGGCUGUCAGCGCCGGGAGCAGCCUGGCGACCACCCCGACCUCCACGACCACCGGGACCACCACCACCUCCACCACCCUGCAGAACAACAACAACAACGGGGACCCGCCGAGCUGGCAGUGCAGCCACCCGACGCUGAGGGAGAGGAAUGCCUUGAUGUUUAACAAUGAGCUGAUGGCUGACGUCCACUUCAUCGUCGGCCCCUUGGGGGGGUCGCAGAAGGUCCCGGCCCACAAGUAUGUGCUGGCCGUGGGAAGCUCGGUCUUCUGUGCCAUGUUUUACGGCGAUCUGGCGGAGGAGGAGUCGGCGAUCCACAUCCCAGAUGUGGAACCUGCUGCUUUCCUAAUUCUGCUGAAGUACAUGUACAGCGACGAGAUCGACCUGGACGCGGACACGGUGCUGGCCACCCUGUACGCCGCCAAGAAGUACAUCGUCCCCGCGCUGGCCAAGGCCUGCGUCACCUUCCUGGAGACCAGCCUGGAGGCCAAGAACGCCUGCGUGCUGCUCUCCCAGAGCCGGCUGUUCGAGGAGCCCGAGCUGACGCAGCGCUGCUGGGAGGUGAUCGACGCCCAGGCCGAGCUGGCGCUGUGCUCCGAGGGCUUCUGCGAGAUCGACCUGCAGACGCUGGAGAUCAUCCUGCGGCGCGAGACGCUCAACACCAAGGAGGUGGUGGUGUUCGAGGCCGUCAUGAACUGGGCGUACGCAGAGUGCAAGAGGCAGUGCGUGAGCCCGACGACCCGCAACAAGAGGGAGGCGCUGGGCAAGGCGCUGUUCCUGCUGCGCAUCACCUCCAUGACGCUGGAGGAGUUCGCCGACGGGGCGGCGCAGUGCGACAUCCUGACGCUGGAGGAGACGCACGACGUGUUCCUGUGGUACACCGCGGCCAAGAAGCCCCACCUGGACUUCCCGCUGACGGCGCGGCUGGGCCUGGUGCCCCAGAAGUGCCACCGCUUCCAGUCCUCGGCCUACCGGAGCAACCAGUGGCGCUACCGCGGGCGCUGCGACAGCAUUCAGUUCGCGGUGGACAAGCGGAUCUUCAUCGCCGGCCUGGGCCUGUACGGGUCGAGCGGCGGCAAAGCCGAGUACAGCGCCAAGAUCGAACUGAAGAGGCAAGGCGUGACGCUGGCGCAGAACAUGACCAAGUUCGUGUCGGACGGGUCGAGCGGCACGUUCCCGGUGGGGUUCGAGCACCCGGUCCAGGUGGAGCAGGACGCCUUCUACACCGUCAGCGUCGUGCUGGACGGGAACGAACUGAGCUACUUCGGCCAGGAGGGCAUGACGGAGGUGCAGUGCGGGAAGGUGACGUUUCAGUUCCAGUGCUCCUCCGACAGCACCAACGGGACCGGCGUUCAGGGGGGGCAGAUCCCAGAGCUGGUGUUCUACGCCUGAGGAGCAGGUCCACGCCUCGGCCUCCUAGCCUCCAACGUAAUGUAGCAUUAAAGACACUCCGCAGCGAGAGACUAUUUUAAAAAGCCACGUCCUUCUAUCUUAUUUAAUUUAAUGUUAUUUUUUUUUAUUUAAACCGAGUUAACGUUAUUUGCUCUGGCGCCUGCUGUAGAAACAUUAAUACAGUAAUUUGUGGUUAUGUAAUCAAGCUGAGCUCCGCCUCUGGAACAAGUAGGGACCCGCUUCAGAAAUGUAACUGCGAUAAGUCCACCUGCGAGGUCGUUGCCGUGGCGAUCAGCGACCUCACACCAGGAGCCUCCGUUACGAGUCUCAGCUCAAAAGAAGCGUAGUUGUUUUGCACUUCGGAAGACGGCCUCAGAAACCUUGUGUCUUUUGUAAAAAUACAAAUAAAAUACAAUUUAACUGCUCGCAGCUUGAGGCUGUUAAAGACGACCA